UAGGGUCGGGAUUGUUAUUGCGGAUGUUGUUGCUUUGUGUUGAUAGAUGUACAAAGUGUAAAUAGCGCAGGAGCGCAAGUUUUCAUGCGCAGUGGAUUCUUCCUCAAUUUCCCUGGUCGAUCGUGGUUUUCCAUUUAGUUUUUCAGCUGAUCACGCUUUCUACAGCCGCAUAGCAGACCGUCCGUGUCGUGGGUCAUGUGCGAAACUGUCGCAGCGUAGUGAAUUCGCUGAGUGAUUGUGUUGUGUAGUUGUUUGAUUAGCUAGUGCCAGUGAAAAUGUUUUCAGGACUCACUAAUCAGGUCAGUUCGUGGAUGGGAGCUGCUAAGGGCGAGCCCCAAGAUGAGGAAGUCCCAACCCCAACGAAGGAAGCGACUGGAGAAGCAGCAGCAGCGGCGGCGGCGGCAGAAGGCGAGAAGCUAAGUCCCACAAAAGGAGGUAGUAAGCUGGACCUCAUAACCAAUGUCAAGUCACAGAUGACCGGAUGGCUCGGUUCUGGCAUCCCCAUCCCCGGUCUUAGGAAAAAUGAACCGGCACCCGCAGAACCGGAAGCCGCACCCGUUGAACCAGCCGAAGUUGCGGAACCAAGACCGGAGGGCAAAGAUGAUGAUGAUAAUUCUAGGUAUAUUAGCGCCACCGGUGGAGCAGACAGUAGACCAGCUUCCACGGGCGGCACCCCCACUGAGGAACAACCCGGAGGUGUUGGAAACGGUGGCCAGAGUAGAAAAUUGUUUACAGUUGAUGCUAUUGAAGUACCUGAUAUGCAGGAGUUGACGACCAAGGCGGUAGCCGGAGCCAAGUCCCUGGGUAACUUCCUCUACUCCGCGGUGAACAAGGCCGGAGCCAAGGUCAGCGAGGCUAGCGCCAAGAUUAAGAAGACCGUCGAGGAAAACAAAAACAAGACUAGCAUUUUGGGCGAGUUCAACCGCGAGCAAGAUGCCUUCAUCAAGGGUCAGGAAGGUCGUGGCAGCGCCGCCGCCGUGCCCCCCUGGGUAGGAGCACCCAACGAGCCUGCUCUCAAGGAAGAGUGCCUGUCAUUGUCCACCGACCGGCGGAACUUCGUGCGCGCGCCGCCGGCGGGCGUGGAGUUCGACUUCGACUACGACAAGAUGUACCCGGUGGCCGUGGCCAUCAUGGGCGAGGACCCCAACCUCGAGAAGAUGCGGUUCGAUCUCGUGCCAAAAGUUAUCACGGAGGAGAACUUCUGGCGGAACUACUUCUACCGCCUGUCGCUGAUCUGCCAGGCCAACGAGGCCGACGCCGCCGCCGGCCGCCAGAGCAGCGCCGACGACUCCCAGGCUUAAAGGAAGUGUUUACAUCCACAGCACACAAUAUUAUAACACCACUGUUCUAUAUAUUAUUCUCUAAUUAUAUGGUCUAGCUAGAUAUUUACUAAGUCUAGUGUUCUUUCCGUCAUCUUGUUACUAUUAUUGACUUUUAAUCUUAAAUUGCAUUGUAACCAUCAUUCAUAUUCAAACAUUGGACAUUCACAACAUUGGUGAUAUGUUUCCGAAGAUUCUAGAACUUGUAGACCGUUUGAAACCUUCUAUGAAUUAGGAGGUGGGUAAUGUAUAGAACAGUAAAUAUCUAGUCGAUACGAUUAUUGCAUCAAAGAAUGUACUAUGCUAUUAUCUUCAUGACAAUUGUUUGAAUCUUGAUAAAAUAAUGCCAUCACGAUCUAGGUAGCGCGUACGCACAUAUAACUAUAGAAGUAUUAACAUCGGUAUAAUUGUUCAAAUUGAGCACUUAGCUGUUAUUUCGCUGUGACAUAUUCGAAAUAAGUUGCAGUAUCUUCGAAUAAUGUGUGAUCUUAAACUUAAACUCUCAAACUAUCCUGUUUUAAUUGAUUAUGUUCGUCUUGAAUUACCUCGAUGAUUUUUUAGUUUUCGCUCUGAUGGUGUCAGCUUGACGGUAAAGUCAUGGCAUUAUUGUGUCAAGCCCACAUCACUGUUAAUCCUCUCACACUUUACGAAUAUAAUUUGAAGCGUUAUUACUUAUAUAGAAUUUAUCGCUGUUUGCAUUUUGAUUUGAACUUUUAAAGAUAUAUCACUGUGUCAUAUCUUCAUCCUUGUUGUUAUCUCGUGUGUCGUAUAUAUAUAAAGUGAAUGUUAUAUGACAAUAUAGCUUUUCUGUCCUUGCACUAAGGACUAUAAUAACUGUAUAUAUAACCAUGUAUUUAUUUAUAAUCUGUUGUAUGUCACUGGUAGCACACUGGUCUGUAUUUCAAUAGCUCGCAGCAUCUCACGAACAGAUUGAAACGAUCACCUGUUUAUGAUUUGCUAUUGACGUAAAGACCACUACGGUUGAAUUGUAUACUUAUCUAUAAAAAAAAAUAAAAGUCAAAUAAAAUUUUCUCAAUGGAACCUAUUUUAAUGUCUACUAAAUGUUAUAUAUGUCUAAGUAUCGAUUAAGGUUAUAUAGCUGAUAAUAUCACACAGUUCAUUAAAUUCGGCUCAGUAGCGAUAACUGUAAGUAUAUAUUGUUCAGGUUUUGACAUUGCUACUUGUAUUUGAACCCUACCUCUUGAGCUUUAUGAACUAUUAUUGCUUGUUUGUCUUGUGUUUUAUCUAUCAGCUUUACAUAUUUCUCAAAGUUGGUCGUUACCUCUUGGCGUUUAUUUCUCACUGCCUCUUAACUGUUUUCGCUGUAGCAAUGUUGAAACUUUAAAUCUUUUUGUACAUAAACUUGUGUUGUCAGCCAAUCUGAAAUGUGGCAUCGUAUUUUAAUGAUUUUAAACAACAAAUUAGACGUGCAAGUAACAAUUGAAGUUUGUUAAAGAUUUGAUAGAAAGAAUGGUAUUAAUGAAAUGAUUGAUGAUAAUAAAGUAAAAGAUACGAUUGUUGUUUGUACGCAAGCAGAGAACCUUCCCAGCCGCGACAUAUCACUUAUGGGUGACAGUCAAUUAAUUCCACAGUAACUGCCGUCUUCAAGUAUUUGGAACCUUUACUGACAACACAGUACUUCCCCGUUUGUUUUGUAAUUAUUUACAAUUAGCAUUAGGUCUAUAUUAAUCAGGAGAAUAAUCCAAUGUUAUUAAAGUUGUGUAGAACUAGGUGGACUCAUUUAUGAUAGAGUUUGAUGGUUGAAUCGAUACAGUACUGGCCUAGUAUGCUGUCGCCCGGGUUUGUUUACCGAGUCUCUUAGUACUUGCUUUGUUGGUACAGGAUUGGUGUUGGACAAAAACAUUCCUUUUGAACUUGUUCAUAAGUUUAGAACUUGAUUGUGAUAAAGCGAAAGAGAUAUUAUGAGCAGCAAUUAUUUUUAUGUGUUUUAAAAAUGUACGAUGAUGUGAUAUUUAUUUGUUCAAGAUUAUUUUAUUCGUGAUAUCUGCAUUUAAUGUCCUUGGAUGCAUCAUUCCUAACAUGUAAUUAUAUUUUUUUUGAAUGUCCAACGCCAAUCCUCUAUCAAAUUUUCCAAAACUGUUAAGCAAUAAAUUAGUCGUGAUUAUAAUCGUUAUUCGGUGUCCAUUUAAUCAUAUUCCCGAUAAAAUUAAAUGAUUUGGCUAUCUGUGUGUCUUCGCGACUUUCCAAAUUAAUUCCCAUGCAGUUUUACCAUUUCUUGGUAAUGGUUUUUCCCUGUAGCCCUGAAAUUUCACAUAAUAUCUAGCGACAGUAUAAAAAAUACUUUUCAACACUCGAACAUUAUUUAGUGAAAUUACGACGUAUAGUUAAAAAAUGAAAAAUUGGCAUUUAUAGUUAGUUAUUAUGAAUUGAAAUAAUUAUAUUAUUCUAAAAUAA